GCACGUGUGUUUCGCGAUUCUCCAGUCGGCAAAUGAUCGAUAUAGUUUUAUAAGUUUAUUGAAAUGGCUUCAGAAAAAAUUCGAAUUAGAUUAGAUAUUGAUCCUAGUCUUAUUGAUUUCAAUAAAAUACCAUCUAGUAAGAUAUGGUAUCAUUUGAACUUUAAGGAACAGCCUACGAUAUCUUCCUUACUGAACGAUAUAUCAACGAAAUUUUUGUGGAAGCAAACGUCUCAUUUAAAAGCAUCGUUACAGCAAUAUCACUUACCAAAAGAAGAAACUACAAAAAUAAUUGAAGAAGAUGAAAUUUUAAUAAUAACUUAUCAUAAGAGCAUUAAGCGGAAAAUUUCUGAGGGUGAUGAAAUUUGCUCAAUGAAAAAAGUUUUUACUAAUAAUAUUGAUGAGGCUGCUAAUACGUCGCUAGUUAACCAUUCAAGUAGUAAUUUUCAAAAUAAAGCUGUCAACAAUACUGAAAGUCCAGCUCAGACAUUAAAUGACAGCUUUGAGGACAAAACUGAUGUCGGUUUAGUCCGUCGACGAAAUCGGAAACGAAGAAAAAAAAACAAAACAGAUGUAAAUGAAGACGCCUAUACAAACACAAGUUUCAUAUUAACUAAUUCUACAGUAGGUUCAAAUAUUGUUCCCAAUAUAAAACCACCCAAGAGCAAAAGGCGUUAUAAAGAUAUACUACCAGCUUCAUCUCACAUUACGUUUCUUUCCGACGAAGAGAAGGAAACUGUCGAAACUUCAAAAAAUACUGACGAAGAUAACAAUGGAGUUCCCUGUAAUGAAAGUUUCAAUAACAACACGAAUCAACUAUCUGACGAGGACAAACAAACAGAGGAAAUGGAUGUAUCUAAAACUGAAUCUACGCCAUGCCAAAUGCCUGUAGUUACAAGAGAAAAAAAAACUACAACACCAGUUAUUCAAGAUGAUAUUAUCAUUUACAAGCGACAAAGGAACAGAAAAGAAAUUAAAUCUUCAAUGGCUCAAGAUUUAAAUAGCUCGACUCCUUGUACUUCUUCUAUUGUGAAGAAUGGGAUUUCUAUUGAAAGUCUUUUAGCUAAAGGUAAAGAAAUGAAAAAGCCUCCAGAUAUAAACGAUUGGAUUGUGUAUAAGAUUUUAGAAUUGGGCUCGUCAUAUACUCCUGAAAUAAGUGAUUUUCGUUUUGGUAAAGUUAUUGAUUACGAUCAAGUUACACAACAAUUAGACGUUAAAUUAGUGCUUAUCAAGAGCGACGAAACAUAUGAAUUAGGCACUUUGGAUAAUGUCUGCUGGACUUCAAUGAUUGAACCGAGAGUAGUUGAAGGCUUUGAUUUAGCGAAUGUGAAGUAAUAAUUAUGCAGGAUAGAGCAUAACAUAAUCCACUUGUCAGCCACUUGAAUCAUUCGCAACGUAGUAUUGCCGUUCUAAUAUUUUUUAAUCCGUUCGCUCGAUUUUGUUUGUUCUUGGGCUAAACUACUUUCUAGUUUACUUAACAAUUCAUUGUAGAUUUUGGAAAUUCAGCUGUCUAUUAUCUUUUCU